GUGGUACGUACUUACGAUUGCAAGUCGAGAGACAUUCGACCAAGCCCUCUCAGCACUAGCGUCCGGCCGCCAGAUUCAUCGCGCCCACGAAGACGUUUGCGUCCCAUGUCGACGCAAAUCAAUGUUUGUGCGUAGGCCUGCGCAAUGGUUCUACAGAGCCGCGUCCGUCGCGCCACGAUAGUGAACCGGGCAACCAUGCUCUCAGAUAGCAAAAGACGCCCGCGCUCGAUGCAAAACUGAACCAUCCCACUUCGCCAUCACUCCAACCAUCGAUGGCGCCGCGCCGCAUCGUGAGUGCGCCUGUGCGGACCUUGGAGAGCUCCACCAGCGAUGCGGCAUUGAUUGAGACACUCUGCGUACAUCCUGAUGUGCGCAUCGUGUCGUUCGUAGCAGCUGUCGAUGCGCUACCCCCAAGCCCAACAAUAGCCCGCGAACAAGCUGGAACACUAGCUUCGACCUCGCGGCUGCAGAGAACUAUUGCUGUUGGCUCAUGUCGCAUUUACAAGGCGCCUGGUUCGGUCGCAUUCAUCAGCUGUGGUGCCGCGCUGCAACCGAUACUUCCCAAGAGCCAGUGUUGGGCAAUCGACGAGCACGACUGCACUUUCGCACUUCAAAUUCGCCGGCCGACUUUUUGGAGGAUUGAACUACCGUCCACCACCGAAAUCGACCUUCAACGAGCGAAAACAUUCCGAGAAACUUUGAGCAAGAUUUUGCAGUUUGAGAAGACGCCUUGCCCCUUUCAAAGAAGCUUUACGAUCGAGCUUCCCGAAGAACCGGAUGAGCCUGUCAAGAAGAUACCAUGGACACCGAAGCGAAACGGCAACGAUUAUCGGCCGGUCACGGCCGGCGCAGCUUUGGGUGGGAACCCUGACUGGACGCCCCCUGACGCGGACCUGGCGUUGCGGUACGCUCGCAGACCAUCCGAGCAAGGCCAUCGUACAGUAUCAUUGGACGUUUUCGCAAGGGAAGCGAGAUCUGAAUUUCCGGGAACACCAACUACGGUAGCUAGGAGUGAGCGGGACCAGCCUGACGAAAGCGUUGGUGGCACCGCGACACCUCGCACUACGCUCAGUUCCGACACAUCUCACAGCGAUGCAGUAGACUCACACGAAACCGAGGAGCCCCCUGCCUUGCACGACAAAAACCCUAUUGCGGGGUUGAUACGCGAGUUCGACAUUCUCGGUCGAGGCAGAGAUACAAGCCAUCCGAUUUUGUCGCGAGAAGGCUGCGAGAUGCUUGCCCGACAGUGCGGCAGCUCCCCGAGGAGCGAAGGAACACACAUCGAGAGAGCUGACCGGCGCCGGCGAUCAAGUAGCUCUUCACAAGCAUCUUUUGCGACUCCUGGAGAGGCCUGCUUCAUGCCCACACAAGACAAUGUCUGGGGCGAGGACCAGGAUUUGUCGGAAGAAACGAAGAAUAUAUGCCGGUCUCCCUCUGCUGAUCCUAGCAACCCUACGAAGCCUUCUGUAGGACUGGAUCUACCCAAGACGAUCUUCACCAAGACGUUUAGUGCCCUCAUCGCACCACCUACAUACCUUAUCACGCUCAUGCUGCGGAUAGCUGCCCAGCUUAGUCCACCGCCGCAUAGCCCACGGAGUACGCAUGAUUCGAGCCGAUAUAUGCACAUGCCCGGACAAUGGGAUGAUUUCGGCGACGAGCUCAGCGAGUAAGACCAUCUUUGGGGACAGGUGGGUGGGUGUACGUAUAGACCAGAACGGCCAUUUGACUUGGCUCGCUGUGGUGAAUAGCCAUACUAAUUAAAUACUCUGCGUCAUGACCAGAGAUUGCAUUUCGUAUUAAUGAAUGAAAUACCUGUACCUAUCGGCGGAACC